GUAAUAUUAAACAUCUGCUUACUGCUAUUAUUAAUCAAAACUGUUCUCGUACUGGUAUUUUAGUUUUGCAACUCUUGUGAUUCAUGUUCAUUUCAAAUUCAGAACUAAGCUUUCAGCAGAUCACCUCAUUCCAAAAGCAGCUUACCAACCUCUGAACUGGAGGGUCGUGUUGUUAUGACGCUGCUCUCUUGAGCCUCUAGUUUUAUCAGUCAUGACAUCAAAUGUGCUAUUGUCCUAAUCCAUCGAUCGUUUGCGUUUGCUAAGCCGCCCAUUGGAGCAGGUGCACUUGAACGAAAGCUCCAAGAACCUGCAGUCCCCUCCACUGCCCAGGCACCGCCGAGCAACGCGGUCGCGCGGAGCCGUGGAAUGCCGGAUGGGGUCGGCAGAGAGAUGCCGCAUUAUUGCUCAGAGGGCCAUACCAACAAAGUUGAUGGAUCAGAAAACUGAAUUAUUGGACAGCAGCAGGUUGGUUGCAGCGGCGCAGAUGGCCAAACUGCUAUUUCUGUCAGCUGUGUCUGCGCACCUGCUCACAGUGAGCACUCCCGGGCUAGAAGCUCACGGCUCCGACUACCCGGUGAUCAGUGGCAAGCAGAAAUGGAAGGCUCCACCGGCGAUGUCCGGAUAGUGUCCAGGCGCCUGGUCCGGCCAGAGUCGCCGGACGGCGCGCGGUCGGAGCCGGAGAUCACGCACUUGACGCCGUGGGAUCUCGGUAUGAUCACGGUGGAAUACAUCCAGAAGGGGGUCCUUCUGCCCAAGCCUUUGGCAGGAGGCGCACACAUCGUCGACGAUCUCUCUUCAUCCUUCGCGCGCGCCCUCGACCGCUUCUACCCAUUGGCGGGCCGCCUCACCGUCGCGGAGGUCACUGACGGCGUGUCCGAUCCGGGCCUUGCCAUCUCGCUCUGCUGCAACGGAGAAGGCGCCGAAUUCGUCCACGCCGUGGCGCCCGAGGUUACCGUGAGCGACAUCACCACCCCGGUUUACAUCCCGUCGGUGCUGUCGUCCUUCUUCCCGUUGGACGGGCUGCUGGGCGUGGACGCGAUCCUGGACUCCCGCCCUGUUCUGGCGGCGCAGGUCACCGAACUCGCCGACGGCGUCUUCGUUGCCAUGUCGCUCAACCAUGGUGUCGCCGAUGGGACCACGUUCUGGCACUUCUUCAAGACCUGGUCGGAGAUUAAUCGGAGCGGCGGCGGCAACGACGGCUACAAGCUCUCGACGCCACCGCCGGUUCUCGACAGAUGGUUCCCCGACACCUGCCCGGUGCCGAUCCCUCUACCCUUCGGCAAGGUGGAGGACAUCGUCCGGCGGCCCAAGUACACGCCGGUUCAGGAGUGUUUCUUCAAUUUCUCUGCGGAGAGUGUAAAGAAGUUGAAGGCGAGGGCGAACGCCGAGAUGGCGGGCACGGCGACUGCCACCAUCUCGUCAUUGCAGUCCCUGCUCGCGCACCUCUGGCGAGCGGUGUGUCGUGCCCGGGUGCUCGCGCCACACCGGGAGACCACGUACAUGCUUCUCGUCGGAUGCCGAGCACGUCUGAAAGGUAUACCACAUGAUUACAUGGGCAACACCGUGACGUGUGCAUUGGCAAGGUCCACCGUCGGCGACGUCCUGGACAAGGGGCUGGGCUGGACGGCGUGGCUCCUGAACCGCGCCGUCGCGUUGUUCGACGAGGCGACGGUGAGGGAUGACAUCACGUCUUGGCCUCAGAAGCCCAGAUUCGUGUACCUGGAGCCGUCCAGGGACCCCGCGAACAUCUUGACCGGGAGCUCGCCGCGGUUCGACGUGUACGGCAACGACUUCGGGUGGGGCAGGCCGGUCGCGGUGCGGAGCGGCGCCGGGAACAAGAUGGACGGGAAGGUGACGGUGUACGAGGGGCGCGGCGGCGGGGGCAGCAUGGCGCUGGAGGUGUGCCUGUCACCCGAGGCGCUCACCAGGCUCGUCGCCGACGAGGAGUUCAUGGAGGCGGUGAGCGCCGCGUGAAGGUGGUGGUGCGCGUUGGUGGGCGAUGACGUCUGUGGAUGUAGCACUGUUGAAUAAUUCUGAUCUUGGAAAUCUAUUGCUACUGCAUCACGCGUCGUGACUCGUGAUCCGAUGCGUGUUGAAUUGUGAGCA